GAGUCUGAGUGAGUGAGCAACAGUGUGUUGGUGUGGCAGCUGAGGCAAGGAGUGUCACCCCACUUAACUCUCUCGUCAAUCAUAAUACACGUGGAAUUUACACUCAACAAGUGGUAAUAAGACACGUGUGUAACAUAGUAAUGAGUGUGGUAGUAUAUAGUGAACUGUUAUAACACAUUGGUGGUGAUAUAGGAGUGAAUUGACCAACAGUUUGUGAUGAUGAAUGGUGGUGAUUUUCAGGGACAUAUCAUUCUCUUGGCUCUUUAGGCAACUGUGACAGGGUUGAAGCUUCACUGUAACGUGUCCUCAUUGUUGCUACCGUUCGGUCCGUUCACGAUGUCUCGGUCAAGCGAUCACAAACUGAUUCCUCAUCCAGACAGCCAGGCACCAUCAGCUCCUCCUGUGGGUGAGUACCUCCAACAAGCCACCAGUGAGAAAAAUCCUAUAAAUCCACCAUACCCUGAACCCCCACCACCAUACUCACUUCAAGCUCCUACAUACAACCAGCCAGCUCCUACAUACAACCAGCCAGCUCCUGCAUACAACCAGCCAGCUCCUACAUACAACCAGCCAGCUCCUGCAUACAACCAGCCAGCUCCUACAUGCAAUCAGCCAGCUCCUACAUGCAAUCAGCCAGCUCCUGUUUCUAUGGCUGGGAUGUAUGGCCAACCUUCUCCUGCCCAGGCUGUUGGGGCAUACCCUCAACAAGCACCUGCAACUACUGUUGUCAUUGCACAACAGCCCAUGGUUCCUGUGAACACUCAGCCAACACCAGUAAUUUUGGUGGGAACACAGGCUUUACCACCUGGGACCUGCAGUGUGUGUAGGAAAGGCAGGAUAAAGAAGAGUCCAUCAUGCUGUACGUGGGUGUGCUGCAUUUUGCUCUUGCCUUGUUUUAUUAUUCCAGGAAUCAUUGCAUUUUUCUGCUGUGCUCAAAAGCCCAAGUGUACUCACUGUGGCUACUCCCCAUAAUUCUCCUCAUGAUGAUCAAGGUGGACGUGUCUCAUAUGGGAAAACUAUUAUAAUAAGACUAUUGGUAUACUGUGUUGGCCUUAGUCUUGAAUAGUUUUAUGAAAGGGAUGGAAUUACUGUACUGACGUGUCCUGUGAAGUUGUGGUCCUGUGGACUGAAACACAAGAUGCAACAUUCCUCACACACACACAUACAGUAGUGGUGUAGUUGAACCCAUGAACGAGACCAUUUGCAGUUUUAGCCUUUAUGCAUCGACUGAAGAUUAACCCCAGAUAGUUUCAGGAUGGUUUAACUUCUGGCUGCUUAACCUAUGGGGAAAAAACAUCAGGUGAGCACUGUACCUUGUUAAAUUUUUACACAUAUAGGGGGAGUAGAGGAUCCUUAGCCAGCAGUUCAGGGUAAAAUUUAACCAGACUUAACCAAUGAUCCUUCCAGCCUUCUUCAUCAUUACCACACCUGUAAGUUUUGUGACUACACAGGUAUCUUUUAGGGAAGUUAGGAAUACAUCUUGGAUAUGUGUUUAUUCCUCAUGAACCAUCAAAUGGGUCUCUGGAAGCUCAUUCCAUUCUUCCUCUUUUUAUAAUGUUUUAAUUUUUGGAUAAGUAACUAGGCAUUAGCCCCUUUUUUUACAAAUUAAUCUAUGUAUUACACCUAUAUAAAAAAAUCCGUGGGGUGUGAAUUGUAGUAUUAAGGGUAAGCAACUUGCUUUUGUAUGUUAGGCUGUAGAUUACAGUACAUUAGUUAAUUUUUAUAUUACAGUACAGUAUUAGCAUUCUUGUACCUUUUUUGUGGAAAGGAUUGUUCUGAUUAGGUAGUAUCAUACAUCACCCAAGUGAAAGGUGAAAGUUUGACCAAAAAUUUUGUUGAGAAUUCUGCUGCUGUGCGGCUUUGAAUCGCGAUCACUUUAACUAUUAUUAAACUUCACAUAUGAUCCACAUUAUGGGAAUUAUGUGCAGCAGAAUGAGAUGAAAUAAUAAUUAAUAUUUUCACCUCUUGUCAGUCAUAGUUUUUGCAUGUAUACAGUAGAAAGCAUCUUUUUACAAAUAGGUCUUCAUCCUCAUCUCAGCCAUGCAUACAUACAGUAUAUAGUAGUUCUUGAGGUUGUGUCGGAUGGAGUGCUGUCUCGUGAAGAAAGGUGCAAGAGGUUGGUGCAAAUGGUGUACAGUAUAUACUCUUGAGUGCUCUCGCGUGAAGAAAGGUCCAAGAGUGUUCUUAUGAGGUUGGUGUGAGUGGUGUACCAUCUGCUUGUUCUGGAUAAGGCUUGUUACUUUUAGAAGCUCUGUUGAAUGGGAAGAUAUAGCCUGAUAAAUGAUACUUUGACAUUUAGGUCCGAGUGUUUUUAUACUGUUGGAGUGGAUGUAUGAGUGGUUGUAUACUGUUGGAGUGGAUGUAUGAGUGGUCGUAUACUGUUGGAGUGGAUGUAUGAGUGGUUUUAUACUGUUGUUGAUGAUAUACAAGAUUGAGAAUGGUAGAUUUUCAUAGAUGAUGUAGUAAAACUGUCACGAAUGAAUAUUAAAAGUUGGGUACUCAGGUGUCCAAAACCUGACUGGGGAAGACUGCCUGAAUAUAUUAGGAGUGAUUGCACGUAAUUACCGACGUUCAGGCCCUGUUGGAUUGAUACUGUUAGUUUUAAUUAUGUGCCAAUAUUUAUUCCAGAGAGUCGUUUUAUUAUAGGACAAAAAUGGACACUAGAUAUUUUAUUGCAUGCUUGGGAUAGCUGUUGAUGAAAUUAUACAGAAUAUGUCCCAACAAAUAGGGAUAAUUUUAUAGUCUGGUUGUUGCUGUGGUAAAUGACUUCUUAAAUGAAACCGAGUAAAUUAUUCCACGGUUAACCAUAACAACGAAAAGUUAUCCCUAUAUGGUCAGUAACAUCUAUUGUGUUUUAAAGAUUAAUGGGAUGAUUAUUCUUGUAUGCUGUAACACACACACACACACACAGUAAUUCUCCUACUCAUUUUGCCAACUUACAUCGCAAAACUCUGCGUAUGAGACAUAAAUUGUGAAAGUUAUCAUAAAUACUCGUGCAAAAAAAUGGGUUAGGUCACAAAACCAUUCAAAAAUAAUAAUCUAGAAAACAUACAAAAUAUAAAAAAGAAUAUAUCGAUACAAUGUGGGAAGAAGUAGCAUGAAAGACCAGGACAUAGUCACACACCUAGACACUCUAGAUGACUCACAAGAUAUAAGACCUCUAAAGUUUUAAGUUUAAACUGUUGGAUGGCUGCUUCUUCUUCCUUGCACUCACUAGGGGUGUGACCGGCCUUCUCUUCACUAGUACAGGACACUGGAUGGAAUUAUCCCCUUUGAAUGUUACCAAUACAUUAAAUUAUUCUUUUCACGUCUGAUAGCGAAAAUACUAAAAGACGAGCGUCUGUUUAUAAAUGUUUGUGUAUACCUGAACUGUUCUAUACUCUCUCAAAACACAAGCCUGGGAGGACACUUAACCAAGAAGAUGUACCAUACUGUAGUGUGUCCAGAUGUGUCAUGGUAAUGUUAGGGUUUAUUUUUUUGUCAUUUCACUCAAAUUUACUUAGUGAUUUUGUAUACAAUAUAAUUUUUAUAAGCUAUUAUUCUAGUAGAGUUUACAUUACAAAUUGUCCAAGAUAAAAGGCAUGUUGUGGUAUAUGUAAUUCCACCUUGAUGAAAACCACCAUUGGAGAAUAUUCAUACUGUGCUGUAGAUGGUUUGUAUUUUAAAGUGCUUGUUUUUUUUCUUCGUUUUUAUUUAAGUUUCAAGGGGACAAGGAGAUAAAUUCAUCUCAAGAGUCACCAUAUGUAUACAGUACAGAAUUUAUAUAAUUUAAUAAAGUUUACUUGAAGUACAUCAAAGUGAUUACUGUAGAUAUACUGGUGUUGUGUUUACUCCUGGCUCUCAUACUGUACAGGGUGUGUUAUGAGUCACAUGCCAUAGAAGAGUUUGUGUUCUUCCUUUAUAUUUUUCAGGUGAGGAAAUAAUAACAAAUCAAUGAAGAAGAGAAAGAAGUGGAAGCUGGAGGAAAGAGUCGGUUAAUUUCUCUGCCAAUUUAGCAUUGAUUUGAUGCUUCCUUAAUCUGAAAAUGAAAAAAAAAAUUCUUAUGGUGUGUGACUUAUGGAACACCCUGUAUAACAUAUAUUCUGAAUUAAUGCGAAGAUUAUUAAAUUUUUGUCUUUUUCCUGUACAUGAAAUAUCAAAAAAAGUACUAUAAGGUGACAUGAAUGUUAAAAACCCAACCACAUAUACAGUAUACUGUACUGCUCUUGAAAGGUGUAUUUGCAAGAGGUACAUUUGCCUCCACAGAACAUAACCACAGCCUGGGAGUGUGUGAAGGGAUUGGGUCUGAGAUGUGGCAAUGCAGCACCAUCGUCAGGGCCGAGUGAAUGGGCAUGAAACGGUGAAAUUGCCAUGUCUGUGAUAAGAUGCAAAUAAUAAAUGAGGUUAAAGGACAAACGAACCUUAUACAGUAAUACGUGUUAUGCAGCACUGUUGUGUAGCCACGAUGGCAAGGCUGAGUGACUAGGACUGAUCUACAGGGAACUGGUAAACAGGAUAAUCCACGGCUUCACGCCCAUGAUUAAGAUGCUGUGUUGCCACAUCUGGUAAAUGUGCACACACACACACCUAGGCCAUGGUACAUUUAUGUGGAGGCAAAUGUACCAGUGUGAAGAAAAACUAGAUAGUUUGACAACUGAGCUUUGAAUUUUAUUUUAAAUGUUAACACCCAUUAAUCUUCAGCUUUAAAAACCUGGAACAUACAGGAGCGGUAUACAGGUAAGGUACUGUACAUACAUGGAGUUUACAUGUGUAAAAAAUAGUAAAUAAUUAGUGUACAGUACAGUAUGUGUAGAUUAAUAACCAUAUAUAUUUUGUGUAUUUGAACAUCUGAUGAUGAAUGUCCAUAAGUACAGUACUGUAUUUGAAAAGUUAUUGAACCUUGACCAAUAAUGAGGAUCUCUACA